GUCCCUCCCCCGCCUGCUCGGCCGGGGCAGCAGGAAGCGGCUCUGAUGUCAGCGGCCGUGGCGCGGCUCUGAGCGGCUCCCCCCGCCCCGCCGCGGCCCCCUCGCCCCCUCUGCUGCUGGUGCCGCCGCCGGGGCUGGCGGAGGCGGCCAGCUUCGGCCCCGGGGCCUCGCCCUCCUCUCUGCCGGGGCCGCUGGGCCGAAGCGGCUGGCAAGGUCCGCAGAGGCCGCGGCCUAGGGCAGCCGGCGCGGCACUCCGCGGGGGUGCGGGAGGGCGCGGGAUGUGGAGCGGCGCCGCCGCCGCCGCCGGGGCCUCCGCCCGCCGCCACUGAGUCCCGCGGCCGCCGCGGAUGCGGCCUCGCCCCGCGCGGCGGCCCAGGCGGCGCCUCGGCCAGGCCCGCCCCGACCCGCGCCCGCACGGAGGGCAAGAGCCGCCGCCGCUCCCCGCCUAGUCCCGCCUCAGGCCCUCGGUUGCCCGGCGCCGAUCCGUCCGCCUGCGGCCUCCCCUGGCCUCUCCUCCCCCAGGCGAAAGAGGAGGGAUGUCCGCUGCCGCCUCCGCUGACAUGAUUGAAACCCCCCCGGUCCUCAACUUCGAAGAAAUUGACUACAAAGAGAUCGAAGUGGAAGAGGUUGUUGGAAGAGGAGCUUUUGGUGUUGUCUGCAAGGCAAAAUGGCGAGCUAAAGAUGUAGCCAUUAAACAAAUAGAAAGUGAAUCUGAAAGAAAAGCCUUCAUUGUAGAGCUUCGUCAACUGUCACGUGUAAACCAUCCCAAUAUUGUCAAGUUAUAUGGAGCCUGUCUAAACCCAGUGUGUCUUGUUAUGGAGUAUGCUGAAGGAGGUUCUCUGUACAAUGUGCUGCAUGGUGCUGAACCUCUGCCUCAUUAUACUGCUGCACAUGCCAUGAGUUGGUGUUUACAGUGUUCCCAAGGAGUGGCAUAUCUCCACAGUAUGAAACCAAAGGCUCUAAUCCACAGAGACCUGAAACCACCAAAUUUGCUCUUGGUAGCUGGGGGGACAGUUCUAAAAAUCUGUGAUUUUGGUACAGCAUGUGAUAUUCAAACACACAUGACCAACAACAAGGGAAGUGCUGCUUGGAUGGCACCUGAAGUUUUUGAAGGUAGCAAUUACAGUGAAAAAUGUGACGUUUUCAGUUGGGGUAUUAUUCUCUGGGAGGUAAUCACCCGCAGGAAACCUUUUGAUGAGAUUGGUGGCCCAGCUUUCCGCAUAAUGUGGGCAGUUCACAAUGGUACUCGGCCACCACUGAUCAAAAACUUACCUAAACCAAUUGAGAGUUUAAUGACUCGUUGUUGGUCCAAGGAUCCCUCACAACGACCAUCCAUGGAGGAAAUUGUUAAAAUAAUGACACACUUAAUGCGGUACUUUCCAGGAGCUGAUGAGCCUCUGCAGUAUCCUUGCCAGUAUUCAGAUGAAGGCCAAAGCAAUUCUGCCACUAGUACAGGUUCAUUCAUGGACAUCACUUCCACAAACACAAGUAACAAGAGUGAUGCAAACAUGGAACCAAGUGACUUCCAAGGAGCUUCUACCAAUGACACUAUUAAGCGUUUAGAGUCAAAAUUGGCACAACAGAUGAAAAACACAGCCAAGCAGCCGGGUGAUCCUGGUCGUUUGAGUUUACCCCCAUCUCGUGGGAGCAGUGUGGAGAGCUUGUCAGACGUUCGUGCACGACCACAAUCAGCCCUGGUUUCAGGAGAAGCCAAAAGGAUGAGUGCUGACAUGUCUGAAAUAGAAGCAAGAAUAGCUUCCAUCACAGCUUAUUCCAAGCCUAAACGAGGCCAUCGUAAAACUGCUUCAUUUGGCAACAUUCUGGAUGUCCCUGAGAUCAUCAUACCAGCAGGAAACGGACAGCAGAGGCGCAGAUCCAUUCAAGAUCUUAGUGUUGCUGGAACAGAGUCCAGUCAGGAGAGUAGAAACAGCAGUAGAUCAUCUAGUCCUAGUGUGAGAAUGAUCACUACCUCGGGACCAACCUCUGAAAAGCCAACUCGUAAUCCAUGGACACCUGAUGAUGCAGUUAAAGCUUUAAUUUCUCUGACUUCUGGAAUGAAAUGCCUUGUAGCUGCUCUUGGAGAUAGCAUAGUCUUUGAGGGCAACACCUUAGUUUCUCUACCACGACUACUCUGUGGCAGGUGCUUUUGGGGUAUGGAGACCAAUGGGUCAGAUAACUCCAUCCCAAUGGCAUACCUUACAUUAGAUCAUCAGUUACAGCCUCUAGCACCAUGCCCAAACUCCAAAGAAUCUAUGGCUGUGUUUGAACAGCACUGCAAAAUGGCACAAGAAUAUUUGAAAGUUCAGACAGAAAUUGCAUUGCUGUUGCAGAGGAAACAAGAGCUAAUAGCAGAACUGGACCAGGAUGAAAAAGACCAGCAAAACACAUCUCGACUGGUACAAGAACAUAAAAAGCUUUUAGAUGAAAACAAAAGUCUCUCAACUUACUAUCAGCAAUGCAAAAAACAAUUAGAGGUCAUCAGAAAUCAGCAACAGAAACGGCCUGGCACAUCAUGAUUUCCUGGGACCUUUCAAAUGAAAAAUAUGCACAGAAAAGACUGAUAAUUUCUUUUCCUUUUUUUUUUUUUUAUUGUUACUAUUUUCCCUUAUUAUGACAAUUCAUGAGUGUUAGCUUCUUGGUGUGAUCUGUAUUUGUCUGCUACACUUAAGAUCAUUUAAUUUUCUUUUUCCUAUGGUGGAUGUCCAGUUCAACAGGUUAAUUGAAUAAGGUGAGAAAACAGUGACUUGAAUUAACCAACAGCCCUCAGUGUAAAGCAAGAACAGGGGCUCUGUGCAUGCUCCCUGUGUGAAGGCUAGCCUAGCAAAGUGGCUGCUGAAUUGUAAGAUCUUGGUUUUAGUUUCUGGUAUUACCUCAAUAAGAGCAAAACAAAAACUUCCCUGUUUGAGAAUGGUUUUGUUCCAGUGACUCAUCUCAAACUAUUCAUAUGACAAUUAUUUUCAGGACUUCAACAUGCAUCAAGCUGCAGAGGUGAUGCUGGCUGACCCACAGUAAUUCAUGAUGUGAUGCCUCUUGCCUGUAGAUAUAGUGUAUUUUUUCCACAUGCAAAAUGGUAGGCAAACUGAUGCCAGCAUCUUUGGUUCAGUGCUUGAUAGCCCAGUGUUUUGACUAAUACGUUUCUUGUAUUCUUGCAUUCAUAAAAUAUUUGAAGUAAAAGGCUGUAUUUUCUGUACUUUCUUGGGGGGAAUGGCAUGCAAAUUUCAUCUACUUGCUGGGCAAAAGUUAUGAAGGUGUUUCACUGGGCAAAGUAGGUCCCUUGUAUAAAAGGGGGAAAGAAUUAAAAAUGUGUGAAAGUGUGUUUUAAACCUUUAAA